AGGCUCCCAGGGCACGGCUGUUGCUUUGGAGGUUAUGCUGGGGUACAGAAGUUAGGCUGGGGCAGGGCCAUCCACCUAGGAGGGCCCAGCACUGUCUGGGCAACCACACUGGCGGGCCAUUUUGCUCUCAGCCCCACCGCGCCGGGCAGCGUCUGCAGCUGCUGCGUGCGAGACCCAGAGGCUCCGGUCAGCGCGCUGGCCGCAGGGAGUGCGAGCACUUUUGAGCCCCGCGCCGGGCCGGUGAAGUCUGGUGCUACCGAGCCCGCUUAGAAAGCACGGCCGCGCGCUGCCGGACGCAGGCCUACAAGCCCACAGGCCCAGCCGACGCAGGCAGCAAUUUUCCCAGCCCCGCCGCCGUUGCCAAGGCGACCGCCGCCGAACGUUCCCGCGGCGGGCUCCGCCCCCCGGCCAAUCGGACCGGCGCUCGGUGAAGCCCAGAUUCUCUUUGUUCCGCAGCCAUUUCAGGCCCCGGACGGGAGGCAGUGCCGCUUCGGCCGAAGGCCCGAGCGCCCGAGGCCUCUGGGAUGGUGUGGGACCGGCAAACCAAGAUGGAGUAUGAGUGGAAACCUGACGAGCAAGGGCUUCAGCAAAUCCUGCAGCUGUUGAAGGAGUCCCAGUCCCCAGACACCACCAUCCAGAGAACCGUGCAACAAAAACUGGAACAACUUAAUCAAUAUCCAGACUUUAACAACUACUUGAUUUUUGUUCUUACAAAAUUAAAAUCUGAAGAUGAACCCACAAGAUCAUUGAGUGGUCUCAUCUUGAAGAAUAAUGUGAAAGCACACUUUCAGAACUUCCCAAAUGGUGUAACAGACUUUAUUAAAAGUGAAUGUUUAAAUAAUAUUGGUGACUCCUCUCCUCUGAUUAGAGCCACUGUUGGUAUUUUGAUCACAACUAUAGCCUCCAAGGGAGAACUGCAGAAUUGGCCUGAUCUCUUACCAAAACUCUGUAGCCUGUUGGAUUCUGAAGAUUAUAAUACCUGUGAGGGAGCAUUUGGUGCCCUUCAGAAGAUUUGUGAAGAUUCUGCUGAGAUUUUAGAUAGUGAUGUUUUAGAUCGUCCUCUCAACAUCAUGAUUCCCAAAUUUUUACAGUUCUUCAAGCAUAGUAGUCCAAAAAUAAGGUCUCAUGCUGUUGCAUGUGUCAAUCAGUUUAUCAUCAGUAGGACUCAAGCUCUGAUGUUGCACAUUGAUUCUUUUAUUGAGAAUCUCUUUGCAUUAGCUGGUGAUGAAGAACCAGAGGUACGGAAAAAUGUGUGCCGAGCACUUGUGAUGUUGCUCGAAGUUCGAAUGGAUCGCCUGCUUCCUCACAUGCAUAAUAUAGUUGAGUACAUGCUACAGAGGACUCAAGAUCAAGAUGAAAAUGUGGCUUUAGAAGCCUGUGAAUUUUGGCUAACUUUAGCUGAACAGCCAAUAUGCAAAGAUGUACUCGUAAGGCAUCUUCCUAAGUUGAUUCCUGUGUUAGUGAAUGGCAUGAAGUACUCAGAUAUAGAUAUUAUCCUACUUAAGGGUGAUGUUGAAGAAGACGAAACGAUUCCUGAUAGUGAACAGGAUAUACGGCCACGUUUUCACCGAUCAAGGACGGUGGCUCAGCAGCAUGAUGAAGAUGGAAUUGAAGAGGAAGAUGAUGAUGAUGAUGAAAUUGAUGAUGAUGAUACAAUUUCUGACUGGAAUCUAAGAAAAUGUUCUGCUGCUGCCCUAGAUGUUCUUGCAAAUGUGUAUCGUGAUGAACUGCUGCCACAUAUUUUGCCCCUUUUGAAAGAAUUACUUUUUCAUCAUGAAUGGGUUGUUAAAGAAUCAGGCAUUUUGGUUUUAGGAGCAAUUGCUGAAGGUUGCAUGCAGGGCAUGAUUCCAUACUUGCCUGAGCUUAUUCCUCACCUUAUUCAGUGCCUCUCUGAUAAAAAGGCUCUUGUGCGUUCCAUAACAUGCUGGACUCUUAGCCGCUAUGCACACUGGGUAGUCAGCCAGCCACCAGACACGUACCUGAAGCCAUUAAUGACAGAAUUGCUAAAGCGCAUCCUGGAUAGCAACAAGAGAGUACAAGAAGCUGCCUGCAGUGCCUUUGCUACCCUAGAAGAGGAGGCUUGUACAGAACUUGUUCCUUACCUUGCUUAUAUACUUGAUACCCUGGUCUUUGCAUUUAGUAAAUACCAGCAUAAGAACCUGCUCAUUCUUUACGAUGCCAUAGGAACAUUAGCAGAUUCAGUAGGACAUCAUUUAAACAAACCAGAAUAUAUUCAGAUGCUAAUGCCUCCACUGAUCCAGAAAUGGAACAUGUUAAAGGAUGAAGAUAAAGAUCUCUUCCCUUUACUUGAGUGCCUAUCUUCGGUUGCCACAGCACUGCAGUCUGGCUUCCUUCCAUACUGUGAACCUGUGUAUCAGCGUUGUGUAAACCUAGUACAGAAGACUCUUGCACAAGCCAUGCUAAACAAUGCUCAACCAGAUCAAUAUGAAGCUCCAGAUAAAGAUUUUAUGAUAGUGGCUCUUGAUUUACUGAGUGGCCUGGCUGAAGGACUUGGAGGCAACAUUGAACAGCUGGUAGCCCGAAGUAAUAUCCUAACACUAAUGUAUCAGUGCAUGCAGGAUAAAAUGCCAGAAGUUCGACAGAGUUCUUUUGCCCUGUUAGGUGACCUCACAAAAGCUUGCUUUCAGCAUGUUAAGCCUUGUAUAGCUGAUUUCAUGCCAAUAUUGGGAACCAACCUAAAUCCAGAAUUCAUUUCAGUCUGCAACAAUGCCACAUGGGCAAUUGGAGAAAUCUCCAUUCAAAUGGGUAUAGAGAUGCAGCCUUAUAUUCCUAUGGUGUUGCACCAGCUUGUAGAAAUCAUUAACAGACCCAACACACCAAAGACGUUGUUAGAGAAUACAGCAAUAACAAUUGGUCGUCUUGGUUACGUUUGUCCUCAAGAGGUGGCCCCCAUGCUACAGCAGUUUAUAAGACCCUGGUGCACCUCUCUGAGAAACAUAAGAGACAAUGAGGAAAAGGAUUCAGCAUUCCGUGGAAUUUGUACCAUGAUCAGUGUAAAUCCCAGUGGCGUAAUCCAAGAUUUUAUAUUUUUUUGUGAUGCCGUUGCAUCAUGGAUUAACCCAAAAGAUGAUCUCAGAGACAUGUUCUGUAAGAUCCUUCAUGGAUUUAAAAAUCAAGUUGGUGAUGAAAAUUGGAGGCGUUUCUCUGACCAGUUUCCUCUUCCCUUAAAAGAGCGUCUUGCAGCUUUUUAUGGUGUUUAAUCUAAUACACUUAAGCUGCAGUCCCAAAAUUAGGGGUCCUUCAGUCUUGGAGACUAUGAGGGAGCCUCUGCACCCAGGGAAAAUGUUACCCUUUACAGGGGGGAAGGGUAAACCAGUAGGGAAUACAGUACAAUCCCAACCCUACUGGGAGGGGCGGGAGGGAGGUGUUGCCGUCACUGUAUUAAGUCGAUGUUGGGAAAUGUUUUAACAUCUGGAGUCUUUGUGGGUGGAAAUAUGUCUCCAGUUACAACUCCGCAGUGGAUGUGAAGAAGCAAAAAAAAAAAAAAAAAAUCUAUUCAGUCUACUCACAAAACAGUACAUUGUGGAAUAUUAUGGGGAAUUGUACCAAAACAAGAACCAUAUAAAUGAUGCCUAGGGACAAGAAAGAGGAACAAUUCUAUAGCGCACAAUAAAGGAAACCUAAGAAUGGGAGUUACAAAUAGUAAAGAAGCUUUUUUUUUUUUUUAAUUUAAAGUUUUUUUUAUAUAAGUUUUCCCACAUGAUGGGGCCUUGUUUUGCAUGUUGAUGAAGAACUACACAAACAAAACUAAUAUAGUUAAAGUCAGCUUGCCUUCCCAUAGUAGAAGCAGGUUCUUGGAAGUUACAAUUUAAGGUACCCCAAAAAAGUUGGAAAUAAAACAAAACAAACAUAAACAAUGAAGCACCCUGUGAAAUGCCAAAUGAGUCACUCCUUUUACCUUUUUUGGGGUGGGCAGGGAGGGGAGGAAUAAAUGGGGUUGGGCAUAUCAAACUAAAGAUGACAUCUUAAUUUUGCAUUGAACAUUAAUGUAGCGGAUAUAAUUUGAUGGUUCAUUAGAUUUAAUUUCUAGGCCAAGAUGUUACUUUUUAAAGUGCAGUUUAAGGUUCAGGCAUGCAUUAUGGCUCAUAGUGGUUGAAAGUAAUUUAAAUUAGUGGGAAAGUAGCAUGCUUGCAUCACAUAGAGUGAGAUUGGUAUUCAUUUACCUAUGUUGCGCCAGUUUGUGUUGCGGUUUACCAAUUCAAUAUAGCCCUGCAUUUAAAGUUCCUUUUUAAGAUUUGUGGAUUUUAUUUUUAUUAAGAAUAUAGAUAUAUAAAGUACUGUAGUUUACAGGUAGGCCUUGAAAUAUCUUUUUUAGGAUCUGUUAGGAAUAAGAUUGAUAUUGUAUUGUGUGUAACCUGCACAAUGUGGAAAGCUGAUAUACCUGUGCAAAAUCUUUGCCUCUGUGCUGUCAGUGUGAUGUGCUUUCUGCAUGGUUAUAUACUACUAGUGAUUUUAUCAAAACUUCUAAAAUUUAAAUUACAUGGUAAAAGAUCUGUAAAAGGCUGCAUAAAUGUUAGUUGGCACAUAAAGACAAUUGUAGAAGUUGAAAAAUGAUUGCUAUAUUUCAAUGUUUAUUCCCACUCAACAUACUGCCUUCUAAGCUUCCCUUUUUUUGUUCAAAGCAUGAUCUUAAAGAUAUGUUUAAGUUAAUGGAUGUAAUGCAGGGUUCCUACACUGUAUUUUGGCGCAUGUUGGUGGCCCUCUGUGCCCUAGAUAUAUGCACACAGGGUGCAAGUUAAAAGCUACAGAGUGAAAGUUGGUUUGGAUCCUCUUCAUUUCAUUUGUUUAGCUUUUCUGUUAUUUUUCUCUACUUACAUGUAUUCCUGUGAAUAAAUCCUUGUUAAGUUAACCCUUUACUUUUCCUUCCAUGUGUAUUUUCUUAUAUACUGUGAAUGUGAAAACCUAACUGGUACACUUGAUCUUGUGUUCAUAUGAAAGUGCAAGUCUUUAUUAAUUUGGAUUGCCUGAACAGUGUAUCCCAUGAUGAUGAAGGAAAAUGGAGAGAUUUUUCUUUUUAACUCUGCUGGUCAGAGAUGAAGCCACGCCUUUCCAUUUUUCAAUGCUGCAUAUUUAAUCUGCAACAAAAAUGUUAAGCCAUAACAGCCUUUUUAUAUUUUAGUUUGUCACGUUUGCAUUGCAGAAUAAAUACUGAAUAACCAUUUUUAUAAGCAGUUGCUCCUCUGCAUGGUUCUAUUCUCUAAAAGUGUUGAAUGAUACAGCCAUUGCACUGAAGUUUGAGCUGUGUGCGUGUGAAUUUAUACUGUUUCAAAAAUUUCAAAUGCAUGGUAGCAUGUAGAAAGGUUUUUGUUACUGUGUGUGUGUGUGUUUUGUUUUGUUUUGUUUUGUUCUGUUUUUUAACAUGUUCUUUCACCUUUCCUCUACUUUGGCUUUGCAAAUUUCAGUCUGUAGAGCCUGAAAUUAAAUUAUUUUAUAGUGCCUGAUAUUUUUAAAAUUAUAAGUUGGAUUCAAAGGGUAUACAGCAUUUUGUUUUCUAGUACCAUUGCUUCACUGGGAGCUCAAAAUUUGCCUCCCUGUUAGUCUUUUAAUAACUGAGUAGAGUAGCUGUUUUAUUCUUAGAUUAUAGUGAUACUCUGUAGUGCUUCAAAUACUUAGAAUUCUAAUAUGAGAGAUUAAUAUUCUGGAAUAGAUAGUAUUUUAAAUGGACAUGACCAAAUUCAAUUUAAACACAUAACAAUCUUCAGUAAAGUUAUUUGAACCUGUGGUUGACAAUUCUGUAUUGACUAAAGGCAAUAUUGUCACCUGUCUCGUUAAAAAUUAGUUUCCAGUUAGGCAGAUGAAUAACACUAUUAAAAAUGCACCCAGUUUUGUAAUCACUUGACUUUUUUUGUAUUUAAAUGAAAUUUAAUUUGAAAAUAGAAAAUAAAAUUAGGUAAAUAUGACUGGCAAUCUGAAUUUGAGUUGGGAUUUUUUGUGUACUUUUCACCCUUGAGGUUAUUGUUUCUUCCUAAUUUAUAUUUCAGAUACAUAGUGUAGAACAGGAAUUUGCAGAAGCCAUUUAAGUUAUCUUUUGAGGUAAGCUCUGAUUUAGCAUUUAUUCUGAUAAAACCUAAUACAUCAUGGGAUAUAUAUAAAGCAACUUAAUUCUUGUGGUGUAGUCUUAAUAGUUUUGAAUGUUGACUGAAUGUCUAUGAAAUUGUGAGUUUGUCUUUGUUACAUUCCAGUGUUUCUGCCUCUUGGCAUGCUUAAAGCACGGCUUACUUCAUCUGCUCCUUACACACUAAAAUGCUGUUAGUGUGCUCAACUACAGAAAUAGCCGCUGCUAAGUGAUGUAGAUUUUCUACUUGAAUAUUUUUAUGUUGUAGGAACCUCAGGAGGUCAGUGUUUACUGUUUUAUAUAUGCCUUCUUUUUCCUGUUUGAGCUUCUCUCUUUGAAGGAUUCUAACAGAACAAAGCUGCUGAUCAACCUAAGUUGGAAACAGAAAGUGUAAUUAAUAUAACUUAAAUGCAUGUUUGGCAGUUCCGUGUUACAGUCCAUUAGCGAGUGAACUUAGUGCCACAGGUAUUCAUUUAUUCAGGAAAGAAUUUUGCUUUUUGUAUUGUCUAAUCUCUUCAAUGACUUCAUACUGUGUAAAAAAAAAAAAAUCACUUUUUUAUAUUUUUUGGUUGGUUAUUUCCCAAAUAAUCAACAUGUAAAUAAUCUUUUAAGAGCCAGUUCUGAUGCUUUACAUUAUUGCUACUUGAUUUUGUUACGCAAGUUAGAUUUCAGAAGAAUAGAUUUUAAAACACUUAACCAAGCCAUUACAUCUUAAAAACAAAACAAGUAGCAUACAUUUUGUAAUUAACAUUGAUAAACACUGUGAUUUUUUUGGUUAAGACUUUUUCAUUGAUCUGAAUUGCUUAAAUUGCAUAUAUUGUAAAAUAGGAUCAGAUGUAUAUUUUAAACUAAUUUCAAUGGAGUUUCCUCUUGAAAUGCUGUGUCUACUCAGUUAUAAAAUAUUCAGAUACAAGUUUUAUCUCAGGUGAAUACUCUUGUAUUGUUUUUGCUUUGGUGACAUGCUUAUAAAGGGUCAUCUUAGUUACAUUCUUUGUUUUUUAGUGUAUUUCAUUGAGAAUCUUUCCAUUUAGUCUGAUUUUUUUCCUAAUAUUCUAGCAGGCUGGGGUGGUAUAAAGCCCUCCUGACAAGCCUUUUGCGUACAGGUUUACCUGAAAAUGAGCUACAUACGGUCGUCAUUUUCUUCAAACUCUCAAAAUAGGAAAGUGGAAAUUUUUCUCCCCUAUAUAUAAUUAUUCUGCCUAGCAGAAAUGCCAGAAAUAAAUUAAUUACAUCUUAAACUCUUAGUCUAAAUUUAAGUCCUUUGCCAUGAGGGAAAAGUGGUUUUUUGCUUCAUAUUAUUCAUAUUGAAUGUAUUAACAUAAUGGUGCAAAAGCAUUCUUCCCAGGGGAAGAGUGUAUCAUGCAUAACUGCAAUUUAAGUCCUUCCUUUGAUAAUACUUUAAAACACACACAGCUUUGCUUACUGAAUUAUUUUUGCAAAUAAUACAAGGUGGGGAAACUAACUGUUGCUACUAGUGUUGUUAAUGAAGUAUAGGCCUUGGAACAUUUAAGAAAACUGGUCUUAAGAUAGUUAAGGGCCUGGGAUAAUCUAAGUGAAAAGUCAGAUCAGUAAUGAGCUGUGUUAACAAUAUUAUCUGGUAAUAAUACCAUGCAAUAUAGCAUUGUAUACCAACUUAGUGCAUUUUAUACUGUAUUAAAUAUGGAGAUACUUCUAAUGCCUCUCUAAAAUUAGAUUUUACAUAAAAGUUAGUUUUAUUCACCUUUAGGCUUUCCAAGUGAGUUGUGACUAAUUUUUUCAAUCUUACAUAGAUCUUUCACCCAUUAGCAUUACUUACGUAGAUAAUUCUUUAUGCCUAGUUAUUAUACAUAUUAAUUUUUAAGGUAUACAUUUAAAUUACACAAUUGUUCAUUGUGAUUUGUAUCCCAGAAUGUAUUGUGUUUUUUAAAAGAUGCAUAAUAGCUGAAUGUAUGCAUGACUUUGAAAGAAGUUAAAAUGGUGAUUUUUUUUCACAUCUUGUACAUUUUAAAACCAGGCCAAAUCUAUUUGCCAAGCAAUGUAUCACUAAUAAGAAAAGCAGUUUUUCCUUUUAUUGCAGUUUUUGUUUAUCUACCAUAGAAUUUCCUUAUACUGUGGCUUGGUAUUAUUCAAGGUUAGCUAUUUCGCUGGUAUUACAUCUUUUUAAAAGCCUGUUAUAACAUGGUUAGCCUAUAAGGCAGUGUUGGUCCCCUUCUAAUAUCGGCCUCAUAAAGGGGUUCCACUGUACUUUCCGCAUAUUACUUUGUUGUUGUUUUCCUUUAUGGAUAUAUAAGCACAUUGAGCUUGGGUGAUUUUUAUGGAGACAAUAAUUAGACAAUACUGUAUAAUUAGUUUUACUUAAUAGAUUAUCAUCUUGUGAGAAGAGAUGUUUAAACGUGGUAAAUCACUUCAUAUUACAAAACAGUUUUACACUUAAUAUGUUAACAUUGGGUGCAAUAAUUUAGUAGCAUUAGCUUUAGUUAUAAAUAACUGGAUCUUUCUGCUGACAACUUAGGUUGUAUGAGUUAUGCUUAAAAGCUUUAAAUCUUGUUUCCUGUACCUGCCACACUAUGUUAGAAUGUGUCCUUCAAACAUAUCCUCCUGCAACUUCUCAAACUGUACUAAAUUGAUAUUUCUUGAAGUCUAACUCUGUGCUAACAGAUCUCCAUUUUAAAUAGAACACGGUUUUAAUUUUUGAUAAGCUGCUGAAUUUUAAAGAGAGUUUUUUGGGGCCACCAAAUAUUUUGGAUCAUGCAGAGAAUAUAUAUUGUACUGUAGUAAUUUUGUAUUUACAUUUGUAUGAUGUGACAUAAUAGAUGUGAAUGUUAAUCACUGCUUGACUAUGUUAAUAAAGUUGUUUAACUAUA